AUGAAUCUUGAAAGUGAAAUUACUAAAUCUACGGGAGAUAAUGUUCGAACUCGAACUGAGAUGCAAUAUCCUCCGUUGCCCGGAACAGCUUCUGUUAUAAUCGCACCUCCACCAGCUUACGCAAGCAUAUCUCCUGCUCCAGAAAAUUCAUAUUUACAUGGAUUACGGCAUGAAGCCACAUACAAAGCAUACAAAGCUGGCAAGCAAUUUACGCGAGAAAAUCCACCUCACGAAAUAUUGCCGCCACAAGAACAUGUUGAAUAUAUUUUGUCGACCGGUCCAAAAGCCUGGGAAAUGAUGAUACCUAAAGAACGUGUAGUUCCACCUAAUAUUGUAAAUGUGUCAAAUAAAGGACGCGUUAUAUCGUUCCACGGAAAAAAUGACAUCAUGGUACAAACAAAUUAUCCACAUUUUCUCCCACAGUUUGACGAUAAUUGCUCAGUUCAACCAAGUCCUAUCUCGAUAACUUCUGUGACUGAAUUAAUAAUUAGUAGUCAGUCAGAACAGAAAUAUCGUGAAAAUUCUUUGUUAAGUGAUGGACAUCAAUUAAGUUAUCAUUCUGAUGACGGAAACAAAUUUCACAAUGAUGGUCUUGGAGGUCGAAGUUAUGCCGAAACAUGGGGUGAAGUUGGAGACACCAUAGGAUGUGGCUACUAUCCUAACACUGGUACUGUUUUCUUUACCAAAAAUGGCAAAUCUCAAGGCAAUGCAUUUACUGGAUUGAAACAUAUCUGGUUUCCAACUGUUGGGGCAGAUGGUGAAUGUAAAGUUGAGAUCAAUUUUGGUGAUGAUGAACGAGAAUUCCGAUAUAAAGAAGCUAGAGGAACGAGUGUUGCCG